CUUUGCCCUCUCGGUCUUCGCAUUUUCUCCUUCCCUGUUCUCUCUCCCUUCCCCCCCGCUCUUCGUCGCUGACCUUUUUCAUUUCCCGCGCUUUUUCCCGCCGAAAUCGAGCCCAGAUCUCACUGACGGGAGCUUCCUAGGGUUUGCUCCACCUACCUCUUCUCACGAUAUCUGAUCAAAAAUCAGGAGGUUCGAUCUUUCGUACUGGAGAUCGAAAGACCCCUCGAUUUCAGGUAUUUAAUGGUGUAGUCAUCUUCCAAGAUGCACAUAAAGAGGGUUAUCAUUGAAGGAUUUAAGAGUUACAAGGAACAAGUUGCUACAGAUCCCUUUAGUCCCAAAGUUAAUUGUGUUGUUGGUGCCAAUGGAUCUGGGAAGACAAACUUUUUCCAUGCCAUACGUUUUGUCCUCAGCGACCUCUUUCACAACUUGCGCAAUGAAGAUAGACAGGCCCUUCUCCAUGAAGGUGCUGGACAUCAAGUUGUUUCAGCUUUUGUGGAGAUAGUGUUCGACAAUUCUGACAAUCGUAUCCCAGUUGAUAAGGAUGAGGUGCGGCUACGUCGGACAAUUGGUCUGAAAAAGGAUGAAUAUUUUUUGGAUGCGAAGCAUGUCACCAAAACAGAAGUUAUGAACUUGCUGGAAAGUGCUGGUUUCUCUCGGUCCAAUCCUUACUAUGUUGUUCAGCAAGGGAAGAUAGCAUCUCUGACCUUAAUGAAAGAUUCUGAACGUCUUGAUCUGCUGAAGGAGAUUGGUGGGACACGUGUUUAUGAGGAGAGACGGCGUGAGAGCUUGAAGAUAAUGCAAGAAACUGAAAACAAGAGAAAGCAAAUUGAUCAGGUUGUUCAGUAUUUGGAAGAGAGGUUAAGGGAACUGGAUGAAGAAAAAGAAGAAUUACGGAAAUACCAGCAGCUUGACAAACAACGCCGAUCACUAGAAUAUACCAUUUUUGACAAAGAACUCCGUGAUUCAAGACAGAAGAUAGAGGAGAUUGAAGAGGGCAGGAAAAAGGUCUCUGAGAAGUCAACCAGUAUGCAUAAUCAAAUUUUAGAUGCCCAUGAAAAUUUUAAGCUACUGGAAAAGGAAUUUAAAGUAUUGACAAAAAGUAUUCAAGGUUUACAUAAGGACAAAGAUCAGGUAGAAAAGAAACGAAAUGAAGCUCUAAAAAUGCGUGCACAGAUUGAGCUUGAUUUAAAGGACUUAGAAGAGAGGAUUUCUGGGGACGCCAGGGCUAAGGAAGAAGCUGUAAAGCACUUGGCGAUCCUAAAAAAAGAAAUUCAGGAAUCCAGAAAUGAACUGAAUGCAAUUAGGCCUUUGCACCAGAAAAAAGUGAUCGAGGAGGAGGAAAUUAGCAAAAGUAUAAUGGAUCGAGAAAAGCAGCUGAGUAUUUUGUACCAAAAGCAAGGGCGUGCUACUCAGUUUGCUAAUAAAGCUGCUCGAGAUGAAUGGCUUCAAAGGGAAAUUGAUGACCUUCAACGUAUCUUGUCAGCACAGUUGACACAGGAAAAGAAGCUCCAAGUUGAAAUCCAACAGCUUAAAGAUGAAGAAAGUAACAUGGAUGCAUUCAUAAAAGAGCGAAAAGUUGAAUCAGAGAGGCAAGAAGCACUUAUAUCCAAGGGGCAAGACGAUUUUAGUAGUUUAAGAAGACAAAGAGAUAAACUGCAAGACGAGCGAAAGUCACUGUGGAAGAAAGAAGGGGACCUCUCUGCUGAAAUUGAUAGGUUAAGAUCAGAUCUUGUAAAGGCACAAAAGAGUUUAGACCAUGCUACACCUGGUGAUACCCGGAGAGGACUGAAUUCUGUCAACAGGAUUAUCAAAGACCGCAAUAUGACAGGAGUUUUUGGUCCUAUUCUGGAAUUAAUUGAUUGUGAUGAGAAGUUUUUCACUGCAGUUGAAGUAACUGCUGGAAACAGCCUAUUUCAUGUGGUGGUCGAAACAGAUGAGAUAUCAACCAUCAUAAUCAAACAACUUACUACUGAGAAAGGUGGACGUGUCACAUUUAUACCUCUGAACAGGGUCAAAGCCCCACAUAUAAACUAUCCUCACAAUCCAGAUGUUGUGCCUCUUCUUAAGAAAUUGAACUUCCGCUCUGAGUAUGGUCCUGCUUUUCAACAGGUAUUUGGAAGAACAGUGAUAUGUCGGGACUUGGAUGUAGCUACAAAUGUUGCUCGAUCAAAUAGUCUCGAUUGUAUCACCUUGGAUGGCGACCAAGUUAGCAAGAAAGGUGGUAUGACAGGGGGAUUUUAUGAUUUCCGACGCUCCAAGCUUAAAUUUGUGAACGUAAUUAGGCAGUGUAAAAUGUCUAUACACUCGAAAACAGCUGAGCUGGAUGAUAUUGGAAACAGACUCAAAGAGAUAGACCAGCAAAUUACGAGAUUAGUUAGUGAACAGCAGAAAAUGGAUGGUCAACGUGGACAUGCCAAGUCAGAGAUUGAGCAAUUUAAACAUGAUAUCGCUAAUGCUACUAAACAAAAGGCAUCGAUUUUUAAAGCCCUAGAAAAAAAGGAAAAAUUGCUGGCAAAUGCCCACAACCAGAUAGAUCAGAUUCGAGCUGGAAUUGCAAUGAAGCAAGCGGAAAUGGGAACAGAUCUUAUUGAUCAACUCACGCUACAGGAGAAAGAUCUCCUUUCAAGACUCAAUCCUGAGAUAACCGAGUUGAAAGAAAAAUUUCUUGCUUGCAAAACAAAUAGAAUAGAGAUUGAAACUAGAAAAGAAGAGUUGGAGACUAAUCUAUCGACAAACCUUGUUAAACGACAACAAGAGUUGGAAAUUAUAAUUUCAUCUGCUAAUUCUGACAACUCGUCGCUGGAAGCUGAUAUGAAAAAGCAGGAACUGAAUGAAGCUAAAGCAACCGUCAAUGAAUUGACUCAGCAACUCAAAGGAGUUCUGGAAAACAUAGAUAACCUCACAAAGGAAACUAGAAAGAUCAAAGCUUCCAAAGAAAAGUUAAAGACACUUGAAGAGGACUAUGAACGUACACUCCAAGAUGAAGCAAAAGAUCUAGAACAACUGUUGAACAAAAGGAACAUUCUUCUUUCUAAACAAGAGGAUUGCAUGAAAAAAAUCCGGGAUUUGGGUUCACUGCCAUCUGAUGCUUUUGACACGUAUAAGAGGAAAGGCAUGAAAGAAUUACAAAAGAUGCUGCAUAAGUGCAAUGAGCAGCUACAGCAAUUUAGCCAUGUCAACAAAAAGGCUCUUGAUCAGUAUAUGAACUUCACGGAGCAACGAGAACAAUUGCAGAAAAGACGAGCUGAACUUGAUGCUGGGGAUCAGAAAAUUAAAGAACUCAUUUCAGUUCUGGACCAGCGAAAAGAUGAGUCCAUUGAGCGCACAUUUAAAGGUGUUGCAAGGCAUUUCCGGGAAGUAUUUUCGGAGCUUGUGCAAGGUGGCCAUGGUUACUUGGUUAUGAUGAAAAAAAAGGAUGGUGAUCGUGGUGAUGAUGAUCUUGAUGAGGAUGGGCCUCGUGAUCCAGAUCCAGAGGGAAGAGUUGAAAAAUACAUUGGGGUUAAAGUGAAGGUUUCUUUUACUGGCCAAGGUGAAACCCAAUCAAUGAAACAGCUAUCUGGUGGCCAGAAAACUGUAGUAGCAUUGACACUAAUAUUUGCCAUACAACGAUGUGAUCCUGCUCCAUUUUAUCUGUUUGAUGAGAUUGAUGCCGCGCUAGAUCCUCAAUACAGGACUGCUGUUGGAAAUAUGAUACGCCGUCUCGCUGACAUGGCAAACACUCAGUUUAUAACCACGACUUUUCGUCCAGAGCUGGUGAAAGUUGCAGACAAGAUAUAUGGAGUAACACACAAGAACAGAGUCAGCCAUGUCAAUGUGGUCUCAAAAGAGCAGGCUCUUGAUUUUAUCGAGCACGACCAGACACACAACGCUGAAUAAUGUCCUUACUCUGCUUGUAAAAUUUUAAGAUUUUUUACACUGAAGCAAGCAUGUUGGGUGAUGCACCGGAUGCGAGACUACUGCUUGCAUAGUUCUAGCGCUUGAGCAAGAAUGUGUAUAUUGGUGUUGAUUCUGGUACCAACUUCCUGCGGUAUUGUUAUAAAAGAAGUUCGUAUGUUAACAGUAGUGUUAUCGGUUAUGCGGGGUUCUUAUAUCCAGCCCUCUUAGUACUUUUAUUUAGUUCGGCAAUAUUUAAAGUUUGGUAUGCAUGUUCUGCUAGUGAUUUCUUCAUAAAAAUUUGACGUAAAGCUCUUUA